UAAUUGCCCCUGCGCGGCGUGCGUCGUGCGGCGGCGCAGGCGCGUGGCCCACCUGCACUGUACCAACGCCGCGGCGUCAUCCGCACCAAAGCGGAGCGAGCAGAUCUUGCCCCCGACUUCCCGGGUCGUCUUCUCCACUGCAACCUCACCUACAGGCUACCGGCGGCGACGGCGAUGGCGGCUUCCCCCGCGACGACGUCAUCCGCGGCCGCGGCCGCGAGGCUCUCCUCGUCCUCUCUCUCGCGGCUACCCCACGCUCCUCUGCGCGCCGCGAGAGGCGCCGUCUCCUUCCCUCGCUCCUCACGACCGGCCGCGCUGGUGGCAGGCGCUCGGACCUCGCGGAUUAGCCCCGUCGUGGCCGUCGCCGCCGGCGGGGGCGGUGGGCACCAGCGGCUUAUGGGUUCGUUGACCAACACCCAGGGGCUCAGGUUUGGAGUGGUUGUGGCACGGUUCAAUGAGAUUGUCACCAACUUGCUUCUGCAGGGAGCUCUAGAGACAUUUGAGCGAUAUUCCGUCAAAAAGGAAAAUAUAACAGUUGUAAGUGUUCCUGGAAGCUUUGAAAUUCCUGUUGCAGCACAAAAGCUUGGAAAGUCUGGAAAAUUUGAUGCAAUUUUGUGCAUUGGAGCUGUGAUCAGAGGUGACACAACCCACUAUGAUGCUGUAGCAAACUCUGCUGCAUCAGGUGUACUGUCUGCUGGAUUGUCCGCUGAGAUCCCAUGCAUAUUUGGUGUUCUGACCUGUGAUGAUAUGGACCAGGCUCUAAACCGUGCUGGUGGCAAGGCUGGAAACAAGGGUGCUGAAGCCGCCCUAACCGCAAUCGAGAUGGCCUCGCUGUUUCAGCAUCACUUAGCCUGACCGUCAGGGCUAUUGAUUUCGUCGGGACGGCAAGCUCUUCUCCUAUCCGGUGCUAUGCUACCAAAAUUUUGGUUAAUAGAGAUUUUCGCUGUAGGCUAGCGUAUGAGCUGUUGUCCCAAGGUGGUCGUUCGGGAUUCUGGUUGUUUUGUUUGCCACUGUUUUUUUGUUGUUGAUUAUUUGCAAGACUGAAGAGGUCCCUAGCCGGCUAAAGUUGUUAAAACUGCUGUAUCCGGAAACAUGAGACCGUGAAUAAGUAUGCUUUGCUUUGGCCAUGAAUAAAGGAAUAACAUUACUGCUCU